UCUGUUCAUCAUCGGCCGCGAAUUGCGAACUUCCUUUUUGUUGAUAUGCUGAUCCUACUGCAUUAAAUCAACCAUAACACGCAUAUGUUCAUAACAUUAAGGCAGUAUGAACACAGAGCAGGCUGCUGAAACCCACUGUAGUGCAAAUCAGUGUCCAGUUUCGACACCGGAGGGGGGCGACUUGAAGGAAGGAGCACUGAAAAGAACUCCAUUCUCAAAGUUUAAGAGGGUACACUCCAACUUCAAAUCACCUCUUCAAGUAACUGACAGUGCUAAAGUUAGCCCUGCAGAGGAGGUAGCAGAGCUGAAGAGGAGAGGAGAGCAGCUGGAUACAGAGAUAGCACAGCUGGAGGCUGAGGGAUGCAGAGUAGAGGAGCUGGAGCAUCAUAUUGAUAUGCUGCAUGAAUACAAUGACAUUAAAGACAUUGGACAGUCACUUCUGGGCCGUAUUGCUGCUGUGAGGGGGACCACCACACGAGAUCUCUACAGCCAUUUUGGUCUGGAACUGGAUGACUGAAAAAAAUGUAUGAAAUUACAGUGGUGAGAAUGGUUCUUCAGACCAAGGGGGGAGGGGCUUAAAGGGACCUUAUGAUAAGAGUUUGGAUUUGGACUUAAGAUGUGACUGGAGCAACUGUGUUGACCUCAACCGGCAGACAAAGGUCUGCCCAUUUUCUUGGUGAUUUUGUGUUCACCUCUUUACCGAGACCGAUUUCAACAGUGGGAAUGAGCAGGAGAAUGACGCUGGUCCUGCAGGCAGACAUUAUAUGUAAGAGGCCAUCUACUCAAACUAUUAAUUUACUGGCGUUGUUUUGACAUUUGAGCCUGUGUAAAUAGAGUUUGGAUGAGGGUAUGCAGGAUGGCUGCAUGAAUGUUAAUUACUUUUCUGACUUUGGUUUGUUAUUUACAAAAUGGAGGGAAUUCUGGAGUGUUAACUUGAAGUGUAAAAUAAAAUGUACUAGCUCCUAGUAUAAUAUGCUUUGUAGGUUGACAGUAGCAUGUAAUAAAUAGCACUCAGACCACCACAGACAGUA